AGAUUACCUAAAGACACAAUCGGGCCCAGGCGGCGUUUAAGUUUUUCCUUAUUUGGCAACUACCUAGGUACUAUGCGCCGCUAUCUCAGCCUGGAGCCACCUACUAUGUUAGGCCUAUCAGCGCGCUGUUUUAGUUAACGUGGGAGCAGCCUUUCUCGUCUGAACCUCGAGAUUCAAGAUUCACCACCACCAUCAUCAUCAUCAAGUCACCACUUCGACUCAUCCUCGAGCCAUCGUAUCUUCAAUGUCCUCAUACUAAGUGCCCAUGGCGGGCUCUUCCAUCAUCGGGAUUUUGCCUUUGCCCCUGAGACAACGUAUGCCUGUUUCUUCCGGCCUGUCACAUUCAACGCCAUUGCGUUCUCUCAUAAACACUUCAUGAGAUGAAUGAUCUCUGUAUGAUACUAUUGCGCCGCACUUUUGUCGACUAGUUUUCUGUAUUGGUGGCUUCUCCGUUUGUCUCCGUAUCAUCAACCAGAUAUCCCGGGGGUUAUCAUCAGCAUGGCGAGCUCCGACGACAACAAUCAUCGUUCUCGGACACAAGAUGUUCCAGCUGAAAGCGACUUGUAUCCAGAAGAUAUACCUAACAAUAUGGAGACAGAGGGUAGGCGGCUUCUCUCCGAUGACCAUCUCGAUGAAAAUCGAGGUCCUGGACGGCCGGUAUCGCAAACCCGCCGGAUAGGAUGCGCAUUUGUUGGAAUGUUCGUAAUGUUUGUAGUCGUCAUCUUCGGUCUUGCGGGCGUGCUCCUCUCCUUCAACCCCUCAAAACCGAGCGCUCAGUCGGCGGGUCAUGACGAUCAUGACGAUUCUGCGCCGAAACAGCCCGUUCGCUCAAAUGAUAGAUACAUAUUAGAUCCGGCCUGGGACUUCCUUGCUCCGAGUCAAGUUCGCGAAUACCAAUGGACCAUCACUGACGGGCAAGGCAGUCCCGAUGGCGUACAUAGGCCAAUGAUGCUUAUUAACGACCAAUUCCCGGGUCCCCUAAUUGAAAUAAAUGAAGGAGAUGUACUCGUCGUCAAGCUGGUGAAUAAGGCUUCUAAUGCAACCGCCCUGCAUUGGCACGGAAUGUUUCAAAACGGCACAAACUGGAUGGACGGCGCCGCUGGCGUGACCCAAUGCCCUAUUGCCCCUGGCCAGUCCUAUGAGUAUAGAUUCAAUGUCACGGGCCAGUCAGGCACCUACUUUUAUCAUGGCCACCAAGGCGUACAAGCACUCGACGGACUCGUAGGUCCAAUGGUAGUUCACAGCCAUCGUGAAGCAGCGAAGCCAUAUACGACGGAUCGCGUAGUCUUGUUACAGGACUGGUGGUACGACCCAGCAAGCGGUCACAUGCGAGACGUACUGUUUCCAGGUGUUGAAGAUGCGCCAAUUCCUAACACAGCAUUGAUGAAUGGCAUCAAUCAGGCAGUUUGCUCUGAUCAUCCUGACCGGAAAUGUACCGAGGUGAAAGCCGCAUCUUUGCCGCAUCUAGAUGUAGCGCCUGGUGAAAGACAUAGGUUGCGGUUUAUCAAUGCGGGUGGGUUUGCAUGGUUCCAGGUUGCCGUUGACGAACAUGACGAUUUGCAAGUUGUUGAAGUAGAUGGUACCAUUGUUGAGCCGACUCUGGCUUCACCAUUAGUUAUUUCCCCGGGACAGCGUUACAGCGCUGUUCUAAAAGCAGAUCAUGAUAAUGGAUCUUUCUGGCUUCGGGCGAGAAUGGUUACAGCUUGUUUUGCAGAACAGAAUUUACCUGAGAAUGGUAUCGAAGAGGCAAAGGCUAUCGUUCACUAUACGCGUAGUCUACAUGCCAGACACGGAGACCACGAGGAUGAGGAUGAAGAUGACGACGAUGACGACGAUAAUGCAGAGGAUAGCGAGGAAGAAGAGCUCAUGCUACCCCAGACAACCUCCGAGAUGCCAUUCCUCAAGGUUUGCCGCGACUUAAACCCAGACAUAUCUUUCAAGCCAUCGCCUCAACAAUCCGCGCCGCAGAUUGCAGAUCACUCAUGGUAUUUCCGCGUUAAUCUUGCAAUUGGUGACUGGCGUCUUCAACGGGGCGUUUUCAAUUCCUCGUCUUUUCGACCUAGUCUCAAGUAUCCUACAUUACACCGGGUCCUUGAUGGUCUUGCGGACAAUAACAAGUCCUUCACUGUGGAAGGCAUUAAUACAGCUGCAUUCAACGCCGAAUCGGAACUCGUCAUCUCGAACAACAAAUUAGAGACAGUCGAUGUCAUUCUCCAGAAUAUGGAUGAGAACAGCCACCCUUUCCAUCUCCAUGGGACCAAGAUGUGGGUGCUGGGGCAAGGUCAUGGCUAUUUCCCCGGAUACGAGGCCCUAGGCUUCAAGCCAGAUGGAAAAGGCAUUCUCGACGCAGCGAAUACGACUAUGAUAAGGAAUCCUCUCAAGAGAGAUACGAUCACAGCCGAGGGCUAUGGAUGGGUCUUGAUCCGAUUCGUAGCCGAUAAUCCUGGCGUAUGGUUGUUUCAUUGUCAUGUAAUCUGGCAUUCGGAGGCUGGCAUGGGAAUGCAAUUUGUGUCAAGACUAGAUGAUUUGCGCGGCGUGCAGGUCCCGGAUGAGGCACGUAAGCUGUGCGAUGCCCCUGAAGAGGAGCUACGGAAAGGAGCACCGCCGAAAGACGAGGUGUUUUUCGGGUUCGGCGAUGAUGAGCGUAGACGGUCGCGCAGUCAUGCAACUCGUUUCAAGGUAUAAGUUGUGACGAGUGUUGAAAGUAGCUUGUCACGAGAAAGAUCCUGGAUAUUAAUAUUACCGAACACUUAUUAGAUUCUGCAUCUCCCUUUAUCAAGUACCUCAAGCCGGCUCCUAAACACUUAUAUUUUGCCCUUCGUCCGACCUGUAAGCUGACUUACCCCUAUACCUCACGCACUGAUCAACGCUGUCCGAGAUGAGCGUGUGUCAUGUUCCUGACAUGGAGAACAGCUCAGUGAUCGAUGUUAGGCGAGUGGACCCCAUCUCCAAUGCACACCUCCGGACCGGCGGCCGCUAAGUUGGUUCUAAACCCCCGUCCAUCACUCUGCCGGUCUUGGUAGCACCAAGCCUGACUAGAGUUACGUCAUAUUUGUUUGCGUAG